AUGCAGUUGGUGCCUACAGACGAUCCCGACGAAAAAAUCGGUCGGACGUCUAAUGGCAUGCAAAAUGCAACUCUUCCUAUUGAUGGACCAGUUAAUACAGAACCCAAAGAUCCAGCAAGAGAACAGUGGUCUGGAAAGCUGGACUUCCUUCUCUCAGUUGUCGGGUUUGCUGUAGAUUUGGGAAAUAUAUGGCGAUUUCCAUAUCUUUGCUUCAAAAAUGGAGGAGGAGUAUUUCUGAUUCCUUAUUCUAUAAUGGUCCUGUUGACAGGAGUUCCACUAUUCUACAUGGAGUUGUGCCUCGGCCAGUAUUAUAGAAAAGGAGCAAUCACAACUUGGGGAAGAAUAUGUCCGUUGUUCAAAGGAAUCGGAUAUUGUGUUAUUUUAACCGCAUUCUAUGUGGAUUUCUUUUAUAAUGUGAUCCUUGCCUGGGGGCUUCAUUAUUUAUAUACUUCAUUCAGUUUUAACCUGCCAUGGGCAUCCUGUAACAACAGUUAUAACUCUCCUGCUUGUUACGAACCACACUGGUCAGAAGACGGAACAGCAAUGUGUCGAAGUGCAAAUCAAUCUGUCUCAGCUGAAAAGAUUUCAGCUGCUGAAGAAUACUUUUAUAAGGGAUUUCUGGGGCUCCAUGAAGCAAAUGCACCGAACUCUCACGUUAUUCGAAGUGUCACCGAUCUGGGAAAUGUACGUUGGGACAUUGCUCUUUCCCUCUUCGUUGUGUAUCUCAUUUGCUACUUUUCAAUGUGGAAAGGAAUCCAUACUUCUGGAAAAGUUGUCUGGUUUACUGCUCUAUUUCCAUAUGUUGUACUGGGAAUUCUAUUCAUUCGUGGAGUGACUCUACCCGGAUGGCAAAACGGAAUCGAAUAUUAUCUUCGACCCAACUUUGAAAUGCUCAAGAGACCAUCGGUCUGGCAAGAUGCUGCCACGCAAGUAUUUUUCUCAUUAGGGCCAGGAUUCGGAGUUCUCAUGGCAUACUCGUCAUAUAAUGAUUUCCAUAAUAAUGUAUAUGUGGAUGCUCUUUUCACAUCAUUCAUCAAUUGUGCAACAUCAUUUCUCUCAGGGUUUGUGAUUUUCUCCGUACUCGGCUACAUGUCCUGCAAAUCUGGAAAACCAAUUGAAGCAGUUGCUCAAGAAGGCCCUGGACUAGUAUUUGUAGUCUAUCCAGAAGCACUCUCAACAAUGCCAUAUGCUCCAUUCUGGUCUGUGCUCUUUUUCUUAAUGCUCAUGACACUUGGCCUUGAUUCUUCAUUCGGAGGAUCUGAAGCUAUCAUCACCGGCCUUUCAGAUGAAUUUCCAAUAUUGAAAAAGAACAGAGAAGUGUUCGUUGGUUGUUUGUUUGCUUUUUACAUGGUAAUUGGAAUUGCUAUGUGUACAGAGGGUGGAAUUCUAAUCAUGGAAUGGCUCAUCAUCUAUGGAACUACAUGGGGCUUAUUGAUUGCAGUGUUCUGUGAAGCAAUGGUCAUUGCAUACAUCUACGGUCUGCGACAAUUUGUUCAUGACGUCAAAGAGAUGAUGGGAUUCCGCCCGGGAAAUUAUUGGAAGUUUUGCUGGAGCUGUGCCGCACCAUUCAUUUUAUUGUCGAUGAUCACUUCCAACUUCAUCAAUUAUCAAGCCUUGACCUACCAGGACUACACAUACCCAACCGCGGCAAACGUUAUAGGAAUUAUUUUUGCGCUCUCAGGCGCCUCAUUUAUUCCAUUGGUAGGAAUCUACAAAUUCGUCAAUGCGAGGGGGAACACGAUAUCUGAGAAAUGGCAACGAGUCACAAUGCCUUAUCGAAAAAGGCCGAAUCAAACAGAAUAUAUUCCAAUUCCAACCACUCAACCGCACUCUGACAUAAUGCUAUGAACAUAGGUGUCUUCCACUUUCAUUAUCCUAGUUUCACUCGUUUACACUUUCAUAUUACACCACCACUUUCCUUCCUUUAGUUCUCUCUGAUAUCCUCUUCUGUUCCUUUUCUCUUUGAUCUUUUUUUUUUCAUCUCUAUUUACACUUUUAAAUAUUUAUCUUUUCUCUUUUUUCUAAAUUUCAUUUACAAUAAAGUUACCCGCCUAAUAAAGUUCUCUAAAACUAC